AUGAGUGCACCGACAUUAUCCCCUUCCAUGUUGACGUUUCUUCCGGGACUGAAAGAGGCGAUUAAUUGUUGCUUAGAAGAAUACUCGCUGUUACAAGAUUGGACACAGCUCAUUGACAAGUAUAUAAAGCCACAUUUUAUACAAGAACCAAAACAAAAUCGAAGGGUUGCCCUGGAACAAGCUUUCAAAGAAAAGUUGUUUGAGAUUCUUGUGCAGAUAGACAAGCAGAAAAAAUUUGACGAGGUCUCAUCGCUACUGGAGUUAGCGAUUUUUUGUACACAAAAUUCAGGUUGGCUGUCGAUUUUCGAGAGUACCUCAUUAUUGAAUAUUGUCGAAUUUCUUGGCGAAGAGCAAGACUGGAGAAUUGUUAUAGAACAAAAGGAAAAACAGAUAAAGAAUAAAGUCAUCAGACAAACUAAAUCUCAAGAUAAAGCCACGCCGAUACGAGGUGAACCGCCAUUUCUUAAGCUACCACACAUACUAUUAGAAGAUCUUUUUGAAACACAACUCAUCGAUGACUGUGUGGAACUGUUUGAGUUUAUGGAAAAUCAUAAGUCACAGUUACUUAAGGUGCUCCUCUCGGAUCAAGGAAGAAGUCUAGUGAUAAUUCGUCUAAUAAAUGAAUUACUUAGGAGAACAGAUAAAGCUCAUCACCUCGAAUUCAGUAGUCGACUCUCAACAUUUGCCGCAAAUUCAUUUGCAAUCGAUGAACGAUCAGCCGUCAAUCUAAAUGCAGAUUGUGACGCGUUGAAUGCUACUCCAUUCAAUGUCAUUCGACAAGAUAAAUACAGUCAAUUGUACUCAAAAAUAUGGGGUCUUCAGGAAUAUUUUAAGAAUCCUAUGUCAAGUCCUGGCGAUCAAAUAAGUAGUAUCCUCGAGGUCUGCGAUCCACGCUUUCGUAGCGUCAUUUUGUUACAAUUCUAUAUCAUAGCUGAUUGUAUGCCUAGAAUUUAUGCAACGGAACGUUUUGGAGAGAAAGCUAACCCUCCUGCCUCUCAAAAAUUCCAUUUGGAUGAGGCACAAUUAGCGACCACCAAAAGUAUUAUUGACACAAUACAGAAACAACUAGAAAACACAUUGCCUGCUUGCAAAUCCGGGCUUAACACAAUCUUGCGAGUGAUUAAUGGCGAAAAACGGUGGAGUCACUGGAAAUUUAUUGAAAAAUGUAUCGAAUUGACUCUUCCACCAGCAGCAAUCAAUAAAAAAUCAAACGAAAAACGAAAUGACUCACAAAGAAAUCUUACUUUCUAUUAUAAUGAUAAAAAUAAUAGUUUUUUGAACAAGGUUGUUAAUCUUGUCCCAAUGGGCUCAAAGACUCUGGAUGAACUUUGGAAAACCGAAACUGGAUCAAGAGUAGAAGUCGAAACAUUAACUGGACUCUCUAAUGGUUUCAAUCUCGAACAGCUAUUUCAAAAUAUGCGUGAAAAUUAUUCACCUAGUGAAUUCGACACCGCUGAUUGUCAGAUGCACCGCUGGCAUCUUUGGCGAAAAGCAUCGCAAACAGAGUUGUCUCAUUUUUCAAAAAUGAAAUUAUUUGGAAAAUUUCUAGAAUCAAAGGAAUUUUUACAUUCCUUCAACCCGAGCAAAUAUGAUUCAGUAACAGAGGAGGACAUUAAAAAUUCUAGUAAAAAACCAGAAGAAUUUAUCUAA